GGAACUACUGGACAAUUUUCGUCAAAAGACGUAUGAGCGUUUUAUUGUUUUGCUAUAAAACUAUCAUCGAGUGUAAAUUACCAUUUAGCCGUCAAGAAACAUAAGUUUUAUCAGAAUUUUUGUAAGCACUUGAAAUCUGACUGACAACCUAAAUGCCGAUAACAAGUGCGCCCGUGCUGUCUGCACCAAUCAUAGGACAUUGUUGAAGUACUUAUGUCUCUAUAUCAUCACUUACCACUUGAAACAACGUGCCGGGAUCGAGGAUUGGCCUGGGCAAGGCACGACAAACACGUCUCAUGUGAGCCACGGCGCAUCUUAAUUGACAACUUACUUAUUGCGAUAUAAGUUUUGUUUGUUUUUCCCACAGACCUUAUUGGUGAUAUACAUUCGAAAGAAUUCAGAAUGAUUUGAUUGUAGAUGUCGAACUUGACGUAGAUAGAUUACUUACUAAGUGGACAUUUACUAACCUACGAUACCGUUGGUAGAACAGAUUGUUUUAAAAAAAUAAUUUGUAAAAAACUAAUGAAAUAGAUGUGCAAUCAAAAAUGAAUCAAGAGAAACAACCAAAACCAUCAGAAGGAAGACGAGCGUCGAAGCCGAUGAUGGAGAAAAGGAGACGGGCGCGAAUCAACCAGAGUCUGAUUGAACUGAAAACACUGGUCCCAGAGGCAGUAAAAAAGGAUACAUCGCCACAUUCCAAACUUGAGAAGGCAGACAUCUUGGAAAUGACAGUUCGACAUCUACGUCAACUGCAAGCACGACCAUACCCAGAUGUCGAUGCUGGUGAUAUUUCUGCAGCACGUUACCGUGCAGGUUAUAACCAAUGUGCCAACGAAGUCGCAAGAUUCAUUACAACAGAAAACGUCGAUGCAACACUGCGAAUGCGUAUUAUGAAUCACCUAGCAAAUACUCUUCAUGUUCCUAAAGACGCUGGAUAUAUUCGCAAUGACCUUACCAUCAAAAACAAUAUCGAAUGUUCCAUGUCAGAGAUGGACUGUUCAGUCCCAUGUAGCGCAGUUAGAUUAGACCAAGCACAAUCGCGCCACCUGUCGAACAUUGCUCCGAGUCGUGACGUGGCAGUGGUUGCGCCAUCUAUCCAAGUUCGUUCGGAUAAACCAUUUUCAAAUGAUAUCGGCAACCCGACUACAGUUAAUAUCCCUCAACAUAAUAUGAACAGUAUCAAUGUCAGCAACACGCGAGUUGUUAACGGUGGUCAACUGGCUCUUAUUGUACAACCUGCAGGCCAAAGUGUGAAUCUCCCCAUUCCCGUGAUACCAGUCUACGCCACUAAUAUAACCAACAAUACCACGCCCACUACUAGUACAUUUGCAAAUACUCAGGUCCUAGUUCCAACGAUUGUGUAUGCUGCUAAUAACCAAGUCCAACAACAAAAUGCUUCUUCAAUUGCUAUUCCAUUGGCAACGCCGCUGUCUGAACAGACUCGGCUUCUGCAGCAGGGGACGCAUAUUAAACAAUCAUCACCUCUUGGUCACACACAUGCCCUGCUCGACAGGCGGGAAAAAGAUAACAUUGUGACAAAUGAACCUAUCCGAACGAGCCCUCAGUCACAAAAUGAGACUUUGGACAACCUCAGCAGAUUCAACGCUAAUAUUAACCAACAAAAUAAUGUUUGGCGGCCAUUUGAUGUUUAA